GCUUUUCUUCGCACCACAAGCGCCAUCAUUUUUAUCAUACCGUGGUGGAUUCUUUUCUUUCUUCUUCUGUAGAUCUGCGCAUUCCACCGUACUCGAAGUCGCUGGUUUGUCCCUUCUUUCUUCCCAAUUCUAACAUCAGCGACCUUGUCCUUGUAGAACGUCGGUCUGUACGACAUACCUUUUUGCGGACACCUCGACACACACACACACACUCAAAAGAAAAAGAACACGUAAGUAUAUAUAUCGAGGGCACGCGACGGAGCGUCACUGUGCAAAUCCAUGUCUCAGAUAGCACGCGCAAAGAAGAUGUUUGACGACAUCUCGUCCGACGAGGAGUCCAACGGCAGCGGCGCCGCUGUGCCAUCCUCCGGUGUGCCAGCGCAGCACGCCGAUCCGCAACCUGCCGGCGCUGGUGCAGCGCGUGCAAACAAGGCGGAGUCUCUCAUCACCUCUGAGCGCGCGGAAGCGGACGCGAACGCAUUCGUGCCGAAGUCGGCCUCCGCCUCGCAGGCGCGUGAAGCGCAAGAGGUCGAUCAAAGUCCGCAACGGGAGAGUCCCGCAACAAACAGCGCGGAGGAAGCGCCGGGGGCCACGAUGGUGACGCGGGUGGAGGUCUCUCCCCCGCCGAAGGAGGCACCGACACGACAAGCAGCGCCGUCCGACGUGACCAAAGAAUCGGCGACGGCGAAACGACUGAGGGUGACGGCUGAUGCAACGCCCGCCAAGUCGGCAGCGGUGGCGGCAGGUGCGUCCUCGUACAGCACACCAGCAACCGUCUCGAAGCGCCCCGCAGAGCGAGAGGAGAGGGAAGCGGCAGGCAAGCCACGUGGCGACUCGAGUGUGCGCAAGGACCGGAAGGGUGGCGGCGGCGGCGCCUCGGCAAAGAAAGAAUUUCGCUACAAGGAGCGAGAGGAGGUGCAGGACGCCGCCGCAUUCAGCACCACGGCGAACCGCAACGAAAGCCGCAUGCACCGCAACGCGCGGCAACGGGAGGAGGAAGAGAUGCAACACUCGCCCUACUCCACCACAUCGAAUCAGAGGGCGACGGCCGCGCAAUUAGAGUUUUCACGCGAGGAGGGGCACCCGGACCACGCCGGCCACGCCGCGCUGCUGGGCCAGCCAACCAGCGAUGAAGAAAGCGAAGUGGAGGACUUUCCUUUUGCGAGUUACGUGUUUCCCCGUCUUGACCCAGCGCUGGCGGACUACCAGGGCAGCCACACCGCCGUUGGAGCGACGAAGCGCGGCGAGGAAUGCCCGCCCAACGCGUGUGAGCGCGGCCUGGCGUAUCUGAUGGUGACCGACAUCCGCAUGGCCGUCUAUCUGGGUGUCUUGUUUCUCUCCAUUGUUUUUUUGAUUGUGUCGAUCCCGACUUCGCAGCUGGACAUGAUCGGCAAGUCGUGCUUUACCUACUGGGGCUUCAAGAGUGACUGCGAUGUCGCCCGGUACACCUAUACUCGGCCGAUGUACCCCUGCGGUGCGAUUCGCACACGUCUCGGUGCCGGCGCCGCGUUUUCCAUCAUUACGUUGAUGAUUUAUGUCGUGAACCUCACCGCCACGGUCAUCGCGAUCUGCUGCCUCAAGCACUCGCCGCACAAAAUCUCGCUUACGUCUCGUGUGGUGGUGGGUGCCGUCGGUCUGAUUACGGUGGUGACCCAGCUGAUCUCGUGGGCGGUGAUCGCUGGCAUUCACUCCUCGCACUACUGUCUGCCAGCUAGCUUUCUGGCGUAUGGUGUGGGGUUUGGCUUGAAUGUGACGUCGUGGAUUCUCAACUUGCUCGGAGUUGUUUUUGUGAUUGCUGUUCCCUCUCGACUGGUAAAUCGACACCAACGCUCGUAG